UCUCCAGCGCAGCCGGGUUCUCUGCUCACUGCCUGAGCUCUGAACAGAAGUGCUGGGUCUAAUCCCAAGCCUCUGCCAUCUUCUUGCCUUACGCCAUGAAACGCUAACCUGUAAGCCCAGCAGGGGGUCCUCUCACGUGUGGCCUUUUCAUUUUGAACUUGUUGCCCCAGCCAUGGCAGGCCCAGGCAGCACCACGCCCCAGGUGAAGUACCUGUUCAGUGUCAUCCUGGCUGUCCUCCUGGCCUGCCUCUUCCACUCAGCCUGGGCGCAGUCUCCUCAAGACUUCGGGUCACCCGGCCAUCGGAAAAAGGAGGUCCCCGUUGAUCUCUUGAGCCAGAUAGGCCGCUCCGCCCGGGGAACGCUGGACGACUGGGUGGGGCCCGAGACCAUGCACCUGGUUGCAGAGACCUUGUCUCAUAUGAUGUGGGUCAUCUCGUCUGCCGUCUCUGUGGCCUUCUUCGCGCUGUCCGGCAUCGCUGCACAGCUGCUGAAUGCCUUGGGGCUGGACGGAGACCACCUCACCCAGGAACUGAAGCUCAGCCCCAGCCAGGUGCAGACCUUCCUGCUGUGGGGAGCCGCGGCCCUGGUUCUCUACUGGAUUCUGUCCAUGCUCCUCGGCCUGGUCUUGGCCUUGCUGGGGCGGAUCCUGUGGGGCCUGAAGCUGGUCAUCUUCCUGUCUGGCUUCGUGGCUCUGGUGAGGUCGGUGCCCGACCCUUCCACCCGGGCCUUGCUCCUGCUGGCCUUGCUGACCCUCUAUGCCUUGCUGAGCCGGCUCACGGGCACCAGGGCCUCAGGGGCCCAGCUGGAGGCCAAGGUGCGAGGGCUGGAGCGCCAAGUGGAGGAGCUGCGCUGGAGGCAGAGGCGAGCGGCCAAGGGGCCCCGGAGCAUGGAGGAGGAGUGAAGGACGCCGGCAACGCCACGUCGUCAUACCAAAGAGCUGAGCUGCUUCUGGGUUGCACAGCCCUCCUUCCAGGCCCUUAGCCCUCCCUUGCCCUGGCUCUGAAACUCAGAGCCUGCCCCCUCUGCACCAGACCCCCAGCUGAGAGAGGAAGACCACUCCCCCCGCUGGUUCUGGGAGCCCUGCCUUCUGGGGUUCUGUGUCAACCCGUUCUCCCAACCCGUUCUCCCUCCUGUGCGGUCUCAGCUAGGACAGGGGGCUUGGGGCCUCCCCCAGCUUCAGCGCCUGCUCUCAGCACUGCCUUCGCCCCAGUGCCACGGCCAGCUCUCCGUGCAGCUGCCCUGCCUUGAUGCUCUUGCUCUCCUGUCCUUCUCCAGCCCCUCCUCUGCUGAGUCCUCAGCUCCCAUCCCGUUUGUCUUCCCUUCCUGCAUCCACCCAAACCCCCGCCUCUCAGGCAUGCUCUCGUCCUGCUCAGCGCCCAGCCUGCUGAGGCAGGGGGCAUGAGACCUGAGGGGAAGCAAAGGGGGCCUUCCCUGGGGCUGGACACGUCCAUGGAGUCUGUUACAAGUGCCUUAAUCGGGGCCAGCAGGCCCUCUGCUUGCCUCCUGCUCCCUGUAGUGCACUGGGCUGCUUUGUGUCAAGAAGAAACUGGUCCCUUUCAGAAUCUUGAUUCCCCUUCAGCCAAAGCAAAAGAUGGCUGCUUUGCAGACUCAGGCCUGCAGUUAGGACCCUGCCGUCAGAUCCCCUGUGGGGACUUCAGAGACUCUGAAGGAGAAGGAGGUCUCAUCUUCUGGCUGCACACUUCCAGAUGGCUUUCUACCCCUCACCCCCACUCACGGCCACCAAGGAGUUGCUGAUCAGGCCCACCCCGGGCUGAGGAGGAGAUGCAGCCACAACCUUUCUCUCCUGUCCUGCGGGAGCAGGGAACCUGCUCCUGCUCCUCCUUUGAGGUCCUGGUAGAGUGGGUGUCUCCUCUGCCCAACCGGGCACAUGAUACAAAGAAUCAACAGAGGCCCAAUUCUUCCUGUUACAGUUUGAUAUGGAAUCACAGCCGCAGUGAUCUAUAUUUUUAUCAGCGCUUGGUUGGUUUUAAAUAAAGUGCACGCUAUUUUA